GAAAACUGGGACUGGAGAUGCUGUACUGUGGUAGCGCACGGAAUGUGAUCUUUUUGGAGAAAAGAAACCCGUCCUGGUAUAGUAGAAAGCCCUCCCACCCAUUUGCGCCGACCCUCAAAUGAGUUUCAUUCCAUUCCCACCUGGCUAGCCCUUGUCCCCUCUCAGCAGACAUGCAGCCGGUGUAUAGCACCCUUUUCGGACCUAGUCAGCGUCGCAUCAGCACCCCUAGUCACGAAACCGCGGGGAGAAAUCGGAAUACGGAGAAUAAAGUUCUCCACAUGAUCAUCAUGGAUACCUCGCUAGGGAUUGAUACCAGCAGCCGAUGAUCGCCUACGCGUCCGCAACGCCUACUGAGUUUUGUGACGCAGGCUGCCAACCUCGACGCUUUGUCCACCAUCAAAUUAUUGCUGGCGUGUUUGUUUCGUCACGGCUUCGCUGAGGCAGGUCAACGCAUGAAGUUUGUGGUCACCGUUCACGGAGUGGGUCUACAAAAGCGCCUCUCUGUCUGAGAGGUGAGAUUUUUCUGGGGCCUGUCAAGGUCUGGUCGCACGUGGCUGUGUUGGUGUGGUAUUACCAGCCACUGUGUCUCGCUGGUUGGCCUUCCCCCCCUUCCCCUCCCCCUGCAUGUGUGGAGGAAAAUCAUGGUGUCUAGAAAUCUUGACGCUCCUAGUACUACAUAGUAAGGGUGUUGUCCCAAGCCGGCAUGCUCCGUUCCCAUUCGAGUUCUGCCGCCCUAGGACCAAUUUUUCUCUCACGUCCGGAUACGCUACCUUCGGCUCCGGUUACUACCAAUUUCCUCGGCGCCGGAGCAAGACCCACGAGGAGGCGCGGAAUUCGGCCCUUGCGCCCUCGAUGUCUAGGCGGGCCUUGCUAUGUACUAGUGGCAAUAGCCAUGUCCACAUUAUGUAAUAUUGUACAAGCGUGCUGUGCAGCAUCUCGUGGUUGCUGCUGGCUCGGCGCCAGAAUCAUCGCGAGCUCAAUCGCGCUGCCGGGAUACCACGUGGAAGCUCUGCAGCGUUCAAAGAGCGGUGCGGGCCACGCAUCUACACCGCACCGGGCUUUUGACAAAUAGUCACAAUUCCCGAGAACUGGCGAUUACGCCCUCUCUCGACUCGGGAGAGUUUGGACGAUGGUUCGUGCUCAGGCAUGGUAGACCAGAUUGUGUCUGGGGUCUCGCAGCGUCUGAACGCUGGUGGUCCCGAUGAGAGUCAAGAUUCGACAUUUGAACAUGUGGUCUACUCCGAUCAGAUACUGAAGGAGUCCUCGAUCAUUUUCUGGGACACAGAAUUGGAUUUGCGAUUCUCUGG